CAAUAGUUAUACGUCAGAAACCGGUAAAUACUAUGCUCUGGGUACGAUAAUCUGGCAACGGUACGCUGGGCCCGCUCUCCCUUGCUCGGGACGGCCUUUCCGAGGGUGAACAAGACGUGGGAGGCAGCGUGCGGCCAUGAAGUUGAACGUGUCCUACCCCGCCACGGGGUGCCAGAAGCUCUUUGAGUUUGAUGAUGAGAAGAAGGUUCGCAUCUUCAAUGAGAAGCGUAUGGGCCAGGAGGUGGAGUCCGACACCCUGGGCGAUGAAUGGAAGGGCUACGUCCUGCGCAUCACUGGCGGCAAUGACAAGCAGGGCUUCCCCAUGAAGCAGGGCGUCCUCACCAACAACCGUGUGCGUCUGCUGCUGUCUAAGGGCCACUCGUGCUACCGUCCCCGCCGCACCGGUGAGCGCAAGAGGAAGUCUGUGCGCGGCUGCAUCGUGGACUCCAACCUGUCUGUGUUGGCCCUUGUCAUCGUCAAGAAGGGAGAUGGGGAGAUCCCUGGGCUGACCGACGGCUCCGUGCCCCGCCGCCUGGGCCCCAAGCGUGCCUCCAAGAUCCGCAAGCUGUUCAACCUGAGCAAGCAGGACGAUGUGCGUCAGUAUGUGAUCAAGCGCCCCCUCGCCGGCAAGGAGGGGAAGAAACCCAAGACCAAGGCACCCAAGAUCCAGCGCCUCAUCACCCCCGUGGUGCUGCAGCGUAAGAGACACAAGAAGGCCCUGAAGAGGCAGCGUGCCGUCAAGAACAAGGAGGAGAAGGCUGACUACGCCAAGCUGCUGGCCGUUAGGCAGAAGGAGGCCAAGGAGAAGAGGCAGGAGGAGAUCCGUCGCCGCCGCUCCUCCAUGCGAGACUCCAAGUCCUCUGAGAAGUCUAAAUAAGCCAAUAAAGCCUUAGGUUAAU